ACAAAAAAGUGUGUUAUAAUCAGCAGAGAUCACAAACUGAUCAGAUAUCUAAAAGUCAAAAGUGCAUUUUGCAUUAUUUUUCAAGUUAGCUACUAUGAGUUAGAGAAUGAGGUUACUUUAGGGUUAGUAAGAAAGUAAGUUAAACACAACACAAUAUAAACAGCAAAGCAACUGUCUCAACAACCAGCUUCUGGGGUUUCACAUAGGAAUGGUAGGUCUACUAGAACACUAAUAGGGCAGGCACGUGUCAUCAUAGUGUUACCUACUUCAAACGUUUGGCUAGCUAGAUAGUUGUCUAAGAUGUUCAACUUGUUUAGGUAAUUAUACAUUUGUUUGCCAGUUUAACCCAUCAUUGCCAAAUUGAAGCCCCAGAACAGAACUGGUUGGAUCAGACGAACAACUGAACUGUCUUUCAUCCUACUCUGAUGGUGUGAGGUUUCUCAUGUUUCCUCAAAGAUCUAUGACAGGUCCAUGCAGGGUCGAUUAACCACCCAGGCAUUCAACUUUGACCAACCUUUCCAGUCUUAUAGGGGGAAUGACUUUGCCUUGAACUUCUUUCAAGAUCCCUGUGUGAAGAACAAUUUAAAGGUACUUGACACCUCUGGAUCAUGGACACCGCUGGGCAGAGACAUCACACAUGUAAAAGUUGACGUUGUUCCCUGUUCAAAAGUGUCAGUGGAUAUAUUUGAUCCAAUUUACUCCAAGGGAAUUUUGCAUCCCUCUGGUCACAUUAUCAAAUGUUACCAUGAAAUAUACCCUGACUUUGAUGAGUUAAGAAUGAUUUUGCUUGAAGAGGACUCUGACAAUUAUCACAUUAUUAGUCCAAGUGAUCGUCAGGAGUUUCUGUUCAGACUGUUCAAACAUAUAGUCUUGGGAGGUGAACUUUGCCAAUAUGAGGAUAUUAUUGAUCCUUACAUUGAGACAGGAAAAAUAAUAUACAAAGAUUUGGUCAGUGUUCAGAAGGAUCCAGACACGAAAGAGAUAAUUGUGGUCUCGACGAUCUUCAAAGUCUCUGCUUAUGAUCGUGAUGGAUUGUGCUACCCAUCUGCAACAGAAAAUGAACAAACAUUUUCUUACCUCUGUAUUGAUCCAUUCAAAAGGCAUGUGUAUGUCCUGUACCACUCAUUUGGUAUAGGGGACAUUUCAGGAAAUGUACUGCCAUCAUUCUAGUAUAAUAUCGCUGAGACAUCAUUAUUACAAAAUACACCCAGAGCCAUAAGUCCACUAUUAUAUAGCCUACUACCCAUUUAUGUACAUAGUCAUUUGGCUCAUCAAGAAUUUAUUAAGUACUGUCAGAAAAUGUAUUAAUAACCCUUAGAAAUUUGAGCCUGUUGAUAUGGGAAUUGUAAACAACUUCUGAAAUAUGAUUGUAGUUUCAUGUUUGAAA